UGGUAUUUUGAGAUGAGACCAUAUAAUAUGAUUUAACUCCGGGUUCGCGGAGAUAUACAUAAUUUAUUCCAAAAUAUCCAAAUUAUAAAAAUAUUAAGCAAGGAAAUAAUUUCUCGCUUUAUAAAUAACAUGAACGUUGUUGAGCUAAACCCAUCAUCAAAACUUUCUUUCUAAAUGGCGAAAAAUAAACCUGGCCGGUCUGGUUUUACCAGUUAUCCCUGGUGCAGGUUAUCUCAAACCCUCCUUUUUCUUAACGUCCUCGCCGUAGCCGCCACCGCCACCGCCACCGCCGAUGAUUCAAAUUUUCCGUCAUCACCCAUCUGGAGUCCCCACCCCUCCAAGAAGCUCACUAAACCGGUGGUUCUACUCAUUUCCAGCGACGGCUUCCGGUUCGGUUACCAAUUCAAGACGGAGACACCAAACAUAGAUCUGCUCAUUUCGAGAGGAACCGAAGCACAGACCGGUUUAAUCCCGGUUUUUCCCACCAUGACGUUCCCAAACCAUAACUCCAUCGCCACAGGACUCUACCCAGCUUACCACGGUAUUAUCAUGAACAAAUUUACCGAUCCGAUAACCGGGGAACUCUUCAACAGAAACCUAGACCCGAAAUGGUGGUUAGGUGAACCGUUGUGGGUAACCGCCGUGAACCAAGGGCUCAAGGCUGCGACUUACUUUUGGCCAGGCGCUGACGUCCACAAAGGCUCUUGGACCUGCCCAAAAGGAUUUUGUAAAGCUCCUUACAACGUUUCUGUUCCUCUAGAAGAAAGAGUUGAUACAAUCUUGAGCUAUCUUGAUCUUCCCGAGACUGAAAUCCCGGAUUUCAUGGCUCUGUAUCUUGACCAACCAGACAUACAGGGUCAUGAAUAUGGCCCCGAUGAUCCUCGGGUCACGGAGGCUGUUGCCAAGGUCGAUAAAAUGAUCGGUAGGGUCAUCAAUGGAUUGAAGAAGAGGAAAGUGUUUAGUGAUGUUCAUGUGGUAUUGCUUGGUGAUCACGGAAUGGUUACUAACUGUGACAAGAAAGUGAUUUACAUUGAUGAUUUAGCAGAUUGGAUCAAGAUACCUGCGGAUUGGAUCCAGGCUUAUAGCCCGGUGCUAGCGAUGAAUCCGCGCUGGGGCAAAGAUGUUAAGAAUCCAGGAGAGAAGAACGCAGAAGUCGUGGCCAAGAUGAACGAAGCAUUGAGCUCAGGGAAAGUAGAGAACGGAGAGUUUUUGCAGGUUUACUUGAAGGAGAAGCUACCAGAAAGGCUUCAUUAUUCCGAGAGUUCUCGGAUUCCGCCGAUCAUAGGAAUGGUCGGAGAAGGUCUUAUAGUUAGACAGAACAGAACAGACGCUCACGAAUGUUACGGGGAUCAUGGAUACGACAACAUGUUCUUCUCCAUGAGAUCAAUCUUUAUAGGACAUGGUCCUAGGUUUAGGAGAGGAAAGAAAGUGCCGUCGUUCGAGAAUGUUCAGAUCUACAAUGUCGUUGCAGAUAUUCUCGGACUCCGACCAGCUCCGAACAAUGGUUCUUCUUUGUUUACUCGUAGCCUUCUCUUGCCCUUUGGAGAAACGGCGCAAGUAGAAUGAAACAAAAUACUAACUUGAGCUUCUAGUUUCUGAUGCAUUCUACUGUUUUAUUUCGAAGUCAAUUAAUGUAUCAACAUAUGAAUAAAAGAAGUGCCCAAAUGUUAUUUGGAUAAUAUCCAUCGAGAGAAACAUGACUCGGAUACCAUGAUGAUGAAUAGGAACACAUAAUUUGCUAUAAAAACAUCAUUUGUUUCAAUCUGGUUUUUAUGCUUCAUAAGUAAAUUAAAAUCAAAUUGGAAAUCGAAUUGAACUAUGUACGUGGAUAGUUAGUUGUAUUUUGAAUUUAAGCUUUAACAUAUCUUUUUGGAGAAAGUUGGUUGUAUUUCUAAAUGCAUUGCUCUUACCAAUGAGAUAUACAUUGCUAUUACCACUGAGAUCCGAUAAAUACUACUAUGCUAUUAAUUGAAUCUCUUUAAACUUUAGUAUAUCAAGGAAUAUUUUAUUUUAUUUCAUGUUCUAU